AGGAAAGUAUUUUACGGGAUCAAUUGCUCAUAGGCAAGAGAAAUUAACAAAAAGAUGAAAGUGUCUGUUUUGCAUGAAAAAAAAAGAUGACAACUACGCGAUAUACAAGGACCCUUUCACCAUUUGCUGAAGAAUCGUCAACGGACGAAUGCUUGAGUGGUCGAGAAUCGAGUGCGAGUAGCUGCUUUGAAACAGAGUUGGAGUUCGAACUCUUUCAAGAUUCAUUGCAAGGGGAAAAUGGUCGCUCACUCUACUUGAAAGCAUGUGAAGUUUUGGGUGUAGUGCCGAUAAAACGACUUUUACAUCAACUGUGCACUAACGAAAUUCGCAUAACCCACAGAAAUCUAAACGAUAUCGAUUGUAAAGCGAUUUCAAACGCUUUGUUAGUUAAUAAAACAGUGACCACUUUAGACUUAUCUAAUAAUCUGGUGACAGAUAAGGGUGCCCUAUAUCUUGCAAGUGCAAUCGUCGAAAAUGAUAGGAUUCGAGGUCUUGUGCUAGCUGGAAACAAGCUCGCGUUUAACAGUGCACAGAUAUUUGCAGAAUUGCUGGAGAGAAGUAAGACUCUCGCCAUUUUAGACUUAUCCGGUAAUAAAAUCGACGACAAAGCUUGCGCUAUUCUGGUUGAAGCCGUAAAGAAUAGUGAAACUUUACAAGAAUUCAACUUAGGUCACAACGAACUCACGGAGAACGCCGGUAUAUCGCUGAGUGAUGCUUUGACGUACAAUACUAAGCUUGAGCGAUUGAGUUUAAGUUGGAACCUUAUACGUCAUGGUGUAGUUUCCAUAGCAACUGCUGUCUCGAGCAACCAGACGCUUCGGUUCCUUGACCUAUCUUGGAACGGUAUUGACGACCUCGGAGUCCGCGCGCUUGUCACUGGACUGGAAACAAAUAGUACACUUGAAGAUUUAAAUUUGUCCAGAAAUAAUAUUUCUGACUCGGGGUUUCUAGAAAUUGUUAAAGUCCUAGAAAAGUGCUGUUUGCAAAAGCUGGAUGUUUCUAGGAAUAGAUGUUUUGGAGACAAUGAAGCUUUGGGAAUGUUAUUGAGAUUAUUGCAGGAUAAAAAGACGCAUUUGAAAAUGGUCAAUAUAGGACAAAUCCCAUUGACCAAAGAAACAACUCAACUCCUAACGGAGCUCAAGACAUCGAGAGCUGACAUCAGCAUUUGCCAUGGUUACAUGACGCAAGAUUCAUACCAGGCCACUGCGCCAAAACACAUGAACCCGUGUGAAGUUCUUAGAGAGUAUGCUAUCACAAACAAGCUCCACUCUUUCCAAUUCUUUCGGACGCUCGGCCAAAACGACGCAUAUCGUGAGUCAUUGACACGUGAUGAGUUUGCGGCCGGAUUAAAGAGGCUCAACGUGUUUGACGAUCACCAGAUAAAUGGCGUGAUCAAUAUAUUAGACAGAGAGAGAAAUGGUUUUGUAGAUUACAGUGAAUUCAUGGCGAUAUUUUCCCGCGAGUAAAAGCUACGCAACACUUUUCGAUUUAAGGCUCUGUUACACGGCGCAAUUUAACUUGCUGCGAAAUUCCGAGUC